UGGUUUCCAUGGCACCCAUGAGACUCCGUGACGCCGAACUAAUUCCGGCGGAAGCUGGAGGUGUUGUUCUCUGACAAUGUCUGCAAAGGAAAUGGAUUCGUGUGAGGAAAUGUUGGAGAAUAACGGGCCCAGGACAGCCGGCAGUACCAGCAGCGCGGAGAGCCAGGGACACUACGUGCUCAGCAGCCUGGCGGAAGUGGUGGAGAGAGUCAUGAGCUUCUUACCCAGCAAGGCUCUGCUGCGGGCAGCCUGUGUUUGCAGGUUAUGGAGGGAUUGUGCCUGGCGUAAACUGAAGGCAAGGCAGCGGGUGGCAUGGCUAUCCUCUGUGGGGGCAGCAGAUCUGGAUUUAGGUUCCCACUCUCUGGUCCAUGUUGCCAAAGAAGAAUUGGAGAAAGUCUACAUCAUACCAGAGGUGUUCCUGUACUUCACAGAUCAGGAGUCACUCAAUGAUCACGGAGGACAGUGUGGUCCAAAGAAAGCAAAAAAGAAACAUGGUUCAGAAACUGCAGCUUCUUUGGAGAAACUUCUGCCAAAGGACUGUGACAUUUUGGGACUUGCCACACCUGGAAUUGUAGUAACUCCUGGAGGAUCAGCAAGUAAUCCACCCAUUGAAUUCGAAGAUGGAGAAUCUGGCUUUGCACUUCUUUUUCCAAAAAUCAAUGGAGUAAAAAUCCAAAAAUUUCACUUCUUCAAAGAUGCCAAAAAUAAAGAGUUUGAUGAGAGCAAACUUGAAGAGGCUGGCCUUAAAAAUAACCCAGAUCUGCGUGUAGUUCUAAUCUUUGGAUACAACACGUGGAAGCAUGGAACAACACGUUUCCUACAUCAAGUGCUUAACUCUUUAAAUGAGAAAAGUAUUAUAAUAGCUGGAGGGCUAGCGGAAUAUCUUGCAUCAUUCUCUUCCCAAGCAAAAACUCGAGGUACAGAUUGUAUUGGUGUUGUUGGACUGGCACUGAGUGGACCACAGAUCCAAGGAGCCACUGUUCUUCUUGACCAGGAUGUGUGUGAUGAAAAGACUACAGACUCUGCCAUGCAGCGUCUAAAAGCAGCAAACAUCCCAGAGCAGAAUAGUGUUGGGCUCAUGUUUGCAUGCGUUGGCCGGGGAGAACAGCACUACAAAAAGAAAAAUGUUGAGGCUGACUCUUUUCGAAAACACUUUCCCAAUGUGCCUUUGUUUGGCUUUUUUGGUAAUGGGGAGAUCGGUUGUGACCGGGUGGUUAGUGGCAAUUUUACUCUACGAGAGUGUAAUGGUGAAAAGGACAAUCUUUUACAUGGAUACACUACAGUGAUGACCAUUAUUCAUUUUGGACACACCAAGUAAUGCUUCCUGCAUUUGUGCUAAUAUAUACAUUCAGAACUGUUCCUGCCUGAAACUUUAGACUAGUGAUUUCCUUUCAGAUUUUGUGCUACUGCCUCAAAAAAAUGCUUUGUAAAAUGUCAACAAUCCUCCUUUACGUAGCUUUAAUAAAAAAAAAAUUGUGUCUUUUGAUCUUAUAAAGUUAUGUUACCAUCGCUCUGAAGGCCAAAAAUAAGUAAAGAAUAAUUCAAAUGUUAUAAUCUGACAUAGGAUGUUGCUAAAUGUUAUAUUGCACAUGUAUAUAAGAACUGUAACGUAACAAAAACAUUAUGUACACAACAAUGGUUAACAAAGGAUCUGUAUACCUGAUAGUAUGAUUGAAUGACUUUGCAGGCAGAAACCUACUGGCUGUAUGCUGGAGUUGGUUCCUACAUGUGCUGACGCCUCUGAAGGAGCACAUUCUGUUUCUGUAAGUAUCUAGACUUCAGCUACAGGUACACACAUGUUUAAGGAGAUGUUCCAGGCUGCUGAGUUGCAGCAUGUAAGGUUUGGCUCGUAUGUCAUUUCUGCUAUUGCUCCAAUACAUUGUUUUACUAGGGUACAGACCCUGGAACUUUGUGAUAUUCUGUGUCUAUUCAGCACAUGUAGGAAAAUUACAGAAUGUUGAUGCUUUACUGUUAAAAGUGAUGUUUUUUGUCAUUUAUAAGUUCACAUAGAUAAUACAAACAGACUUUCUUUAAAUUUUCAAACAAGUUUUUAAAACGUGAUGUAAAGACAUUUGUCUUAUUGGUUGACAAUUGGUAAAUGUCACCAAACGUAAAGGAAUA